AGGAGGGAGGGCCGAGAUGCGUACACACAUAAUAUACUCUCAGACAGAACACACACACGCACACACACACACACACACACACACUCGGUGAGGGCUGAGACAAGUAGGAGGAGAGAAAGAGUUAGAGGUGUGGAAAGAGAGGAGAGACACAAACUGGGAUAAAAAAGCAGGAAGGUAUGGCUGUUAUUCUUUAGCCCGGUGCUGUAAACUGCUCUGAUAUCCUGCACUCAGCUGGGAAGCCUCAUCAGCCGCUCAGCAGGAUGCCUCAGAGGAAAAGGAGUUUCACGUUUGGAGCUUACGGAGGAGUUGACAAGAGCUUCUCCAGGACCAGAACUCUGUGGAAACAAGAUGGAAGGAUUCCUCGUAUCUCUGAUGAAGUAGAGCCCUCGCUAGCGCACCCCCACCCUCCAUUUCCUCUUCCCUCACUUUCAAAGACCUCGGACCUGUUUGCCAUGAUCGAGAGGAUGCAGGGUUUCAGAAUGGAUGAGCAAAGAUGCCCCCUCCCUCCCCCCCUCAAAACAGAAGAGGACUACAUCCCUUAUCCCAGCGUUCAUGAGGUUCUGGGGCGCACUAGCCCUUUCCCACUCAUCCUAUUGCCCCAGUUUGGAGGCUACUGGAUCGAGGGGACCAAUCACGAGCCUAAAGACCCACCAGAGGCUGACCAGCCCCCUGGUCCUACCUCCCACAUCAAGCUGGAGACAAACAGCACCGCUAAGAUCUACAGGAAGCAGUUCAUGGGCAAGGAACACUUUAAUUAUUACACCAUGGAUGCUGCCCUGGGCCACUUGGUCUUUUCUAUGAAGUACGAUGUCAUUGGGGAUCAAGAGCAUCUGCGCUUGAUGCUUCGCACAAAGCUAAAAACCUACCAUGACGUGAUUCCCAUUUCCUGCCUUACCGAGUUCCCCAAUGUGGUUCAGAUGGCCAAGCUUGUUUGCGAAGAAGUGAAUGUGGAUCGGUUUUAUCCUGUCCUCUACCCAAAGGCAUCAAGGCUCAUUGUCACCUUUGAUGAGCAUGUGAUCAGCAACAACUUCAAGUUUGGGGUUAUUUAUCAAAAGUUUGCCCAGACAUCAGAGGAGGAGCUGUUUGGGAACAUGGAAGAAAGUCCUGCCUUUGUUGAGUUCCUGGAGUUUCUGGGCCACAAGAUCGAGCUUCAUGACUUCAAAGGGUUUCGGGGUGGGCUCGAUGUCACUCACGGGCAGACGGGGACAGAAUCCGUCUACACAAGUUUCCAUAAUAAGGAGAUUAUGUUCCACGUGUCCACCAAGCUGCCUUACACAGAGGGAGACUCACAGCAGCUGCAGAGGAAGAGGCACAUAGGCAACGACAUCGUAGCCAUCGUGUUCCAGGAGGAGAACACGCCCUUUGUACCAGACAUGAUCCAGUCCAACUUCCUGCAUGCGUAUGUGGUGGUGCAGGUGGAGAAUGCGUGCACGGACAAUGUCACCUACAAGGUGUCUGUGACGGCGCGGGAUGAUGUACCUUUCUUUGGGCCCGCUCUGCCUGACCCUGCCAUCUUCAAAAAGGGCCUCGAGUUCCAUGAGUUCCUCUUCACCAAGCUCAUCAAUGCCGAGUACGCCUGCUACAAGGCUGAGAAGUUUGCCAAGCUGGAGGAGCGCACACGGUCAGCCCUGCUGGAGACUCUGUACGAGGAGCUGCACAUAAACAGCCAGUCCAUGAUGGGCCUGGGUGGAGACGAAGAUAAGCUGGAGAACGGGGCCGGUGGGGGAGGAGGAGGUGGAGGAGGCUUCUUUGAAUCCUUUAAGCGGGUCAUCCGCAGCAGAAGCCAGUCUAUGGACGCCAUGGGCCUCAGUAACAAGAAGUCACACACAGUCUCCACUAGUCACAGUGGCAGCUUUACCCACAAUCCCGCAGAGAGCCCCAAAACCCCAGGGAUUUCACUGAUCAUUCCUGGGAAAAGCCCAACCAGGAAAAAGUCUGGACCCUUCAGCUCCCGUCGCAGCAGCGCCAUUGGCAUCGAGAACAUCCAGGAGGUCCAAGAGAGGAGCCGGGAGGUGUCUCCCAGCACCCAGAGGACACCGGACAGCAGCCACUUUUCACAGGAAAACAAAUCAGACAACUCCUCCAAUCACAGCUCUCCAGAAUUUCCUGCCACUAAGAACAGUUUGGCAAUGUGUUGCAGGGCAGCGUCCAUCCCAGAGGCUCAGGACCUUUCCCGCUCCUCCUCCAAUGCCAGCAGCUUUGCCAGCGUGGUGGAGGAGCACGAGGCAGAGGAGGAGUACGACACUGGACUGGAAAGUGUGUCUUGUGUUACACCACUCAAGAGAGACUCAUUUGUGUACAACUCUGCAGCGGAGGAAAGUGCGUGCAGUACCAGCCAGGGAAGUUUUCCAGCAGCCUCUCAUCUUCAGCAGCAAGCGGACAGCGUGAAGGCAUCAGAGCCGAAAGGGACAGACAGCCAGCCCAAGACGGAGCGUCCCUCGCAGGAGCACAAGUUCUCACCGAACUGUUAGCCACACUCCUGUGAUCACUACAUCGAUGUCCAUCUUCAGCAUUCCCAUAAGAGGCAUCUUUUGCCAAAAACAGGCCAAGGGCAUGUGACCCCCCCCCCCUCCCGAUGCAGAAGAGGAGCAGAGUUAGAAGCCAGAUUAAGAGACUGACAUAUCCUUUGUAUGUGUGGCGUGGAUCUGCUGCCUGUCAUGACAGACACCCAGCUCCACGGACAUGCACCUACCUAUUGCCCUCAUUCCAGCUCCAUGUGGAACCCUCCUUGAAAGCUCAAGGCAAAGGAAACGAGGCCUCCACUCCCGCGCAGCAUCGCUGCAGACUGUCACCUGUCAGCCGGCUUAGCAGAGUAACAGUGGCUGCCUGCUCACUCUUCAGGCCAGUAAGCUCUGAAUUCUGACUGUAAACACUCAAGGGUUGUGUGUCCUCUUUUAAAGAUCAGGAUUUUAGUCUUUCAGCUGAAAGAUUGGUGGAAGAACUGGAGACCGAUCAAACAUGUGGGGUUUGGCUUGUGAAACAGUGGGUCUAUAGAGGGGAGAGUUGCACUACAGAGGAAAAUGUUUUUUUAAUGUCAACCUCACAUCCCACUGUGAUAUCGUACAUGGGUUAAACUUUGAUGUACCGGGUGUGUGUGUGUGUGUGUGUGUGUGUGUGUGUGUGUGUGUGUGUGCGUGGCUGUCUGUCGGGCCACUUUUUGUGUUUUAUUGAUGAUCUAUUCUUCUUCUUCUUCUAUUCUGCAGUGGAUAUUUGUCGUGUUUUACGGCAGCUUCGGUAAAUCUGUCCUGUUUUUGAUGGAGGGUACUUCUGUGAUGCUGUAGUUGGUGGCUGUUACAGCACGAGCCGCCUUCCUCCCCGGUGGGUGGAACAUACCACAGAAAAGGCAUUGCAAUAUUUCAAUUCAAAAUGAAAUUGUGAGCCUGUAGAAAAAAAAAGAAAUAUUUUAUCUCUAUUGAUGCUUUAUGAUUAGAGAAAAACUGCUGUAGUGCCCCAACCAGCAACAUGCAUCCUCAGCCCACACUUCAAGGUACUUCUGUUUAAACCUUUGUCUCCAAACACUCGUUGUCACACACCACUUGUUGAUUUGAAGUCUGUGUACGAAUGUGUGUACAACAGUACUGUGCAUGGUGUAAAUCUGCUUGCCAAAAACCUCUCCUCUGUACAGUGGUGCCAUGCGUGACAUAGAGGUGUCGUCCCUGUGAUUUGUGUUUUAUUGAAAAACCAGCCAACAUCUCCAGAUGCAGUGCACAUUGCUGAUAGAGAGCCAAAUGCCAGUUUCCUACGUUAUUUGUAAAAUGUAAUAUAUCUGCGUGACCCAAGCACUACGAUUUUGGUUGUUUCGAAACGCUGACCUUUUAAAAAAACCUGAUUUGUUGCUGAAGAAGAAUUACACUGUGACUCGUCUUGAAGUUGCCUUUCUAACGAUUGUGUCGUGAGCUGCUCUGAUGGAGGGUCUGUGUUGCCAGCUGGCAACUGAAUGUAAAACUAGGCAAAUAUGUAUUUAUUUGUACAUAUCUGCUCCAAUGAAUGGCGAUACUGUGUUGACUCCUGACCACAGUGAAGGUGAGUCUAAAGGAAGAAGCUUUGUCCUGUCUUCAGUCUGUCAGGAGGGAAUGAACGGCUACGGUUUGAGCUGAGCUGUUUUAUUUCAGUGAUGUGACUGAAGUGGACACGGGAGUUAUUGUCUCUGGUGAAUUAAUGACAGCAUUUAUAGUUUGUGAAAGUACAAAAGGUUUAAGACACUGGACCAAAUGCAAAACAACCUACUUACUGUAUCCAUAAAGCUGUUUAUAGCUGCAAAUCACUCUGAACAAAGUCACAUUAUGCAUUUGGCUCGACAGAAAAAUGUCAUAAAAAAUACAGACAGAGAUUUUCUGUAAUGAUUACAUAUUUGUGUAUUACAGCCUUUAAAACUGAUUCACGUAAAGAUGUGAUUUCAAAUGAUUUUCCUCUGGACUUUGGAAAUGCUUGAGUAGUUGAAGUACGCCCUCUUGUGGCUCUGUAUUGUUAUAGCACAUCACUGCGUGGUACCAUUCAUCUAACUGUGCUUGCACUGUACGCCAACAGCCGGUCCGAACCACAACAAGAUUGGGAGUGAAUCCUCUAUGUGCUCGAUUCAAAUGAUUGUAUUUCUGUUCUUGUCGACAGUCUGCUUAAGCCCUUGUUCAAAAGACUUGUUUGUAAAUAUUGCUUUUCAUCCUUUUUGUAAAUAAAGCCGAGAAAAAUGUUUAAUAAAGAUGAAGAUGCAU